GAUGAUCUUUUGGAUAACAACAUCUUCAGAGAUCCCUCUGACAUUGUGGACGAGAUUGAGCUGACGUAUCAGAGUGAGAGGAAUUCUUCACUGCUGGACGCCAAUGGUUCAAUCAAUUCCCAGCCGAACCAAAAGCGUCUGGAGAUCGAGGAGCUUACUCUUCAGACACCAACAAAUGGAACCACAUUGGUUCACAACUUAUCUGUAGAUAUAUAUGACAAGGAUCACCUACUGAUUAUGGGUCCUAGUGGGAGUGGUAAAACUUCGCUGCUAAGAGCAAUGGCUGGUCUUUGGAGGUCAGGGAAAGGAAAAAUCACGUUCUACCUCGAUUCUGGGGAUGGUUUCACACAGGAGACUCAGGAAAAUUCAGGGGAAAGAAAUUCGGGAGACGUAUUGUUCCUUCCACAAAGACCUUAUAUGGUUCUGGGAACUCUGCGUCAGCAAUUGCUUUAUCCUGCCUGGAGUGCAACUGUGGAGGAGGAGGCGACACCUGGUGGCAGUAAAAUAGACGGUUCAACACCUCUCUUGAUUAGAGACGACGGAAAUGACAAGUGUAAUAAGCCGACAACAGAUGAUCUGAUGCGGACUCUAGAGAAGGUUUGUCUUGGACAUAUAGCGGAUCGCUUUGGUGGUCUUGAUUCGAUACACGAGUGGUCCAGUGUUCUCUCACUUGGUGAGCAGCAGCGCCUUGCCUUUGCACGGUUAUUGCUGGCUCAGCCAAAGCUGGCCCUCCUGGAUGAAUCCACUAGUGCUUUGGAUGAAGCUAAUGAGGCGCUUCUGUACCAGCAAAUCCAGUCGGCCGACAUUACAUAUAUAAGCAUUGGCCACCGCCGGACUUUAACCAAAUUCCAUAACAAGAUCUUACGAAUCUCAACGGCAGACCCGAAGAGCAAGGAACGCAACUGGCAAAUAGAGGACGCGGAUGCCAAAGAUUCUUUGUACGGUCCACUGAGUCAAUAGGAGGUGCCAAGUGAAAGCCGAUCAAAACCUGAUUGAUUACAUAGAGACAGAAGAAGGUAAAACGCAACCGGGUGUGUUCAUGGGGUGCAGAUGAUAGGAAACAGGCCCGUUCUUGAAACAUAAAAAGAAUUAUGUUUGGUAUCCGAAAAACAAGCUUUUUGUA